AUGUUUCUUCAUUCUGAGGACAAGGUUCCUCACACUGAGAACAAGGUUCCUCAAUCUGAGAACAAGGUUCCUCCCUCUGAGGACAAGGUUGCUCACUCGGAGGACAGGUUUCCUCAUUCAGUGGGAAAGGUUCCUCACCCUGAGGACAAGGUUCUUCACCCUGAGUACAAGGUUCCUCACACUGAGGACAAGGUUCCUUAAUCUGAGAACAAUGUUCCUCACUCUGAGGACAAAUUUCCUCACCCUGAGGACAAGGUUCCUCAUUCUGUGGGCAAGGCUCUUCACUCUGAGGAAAAGGUAACUCACUCUGAUGGUAGGUUCCUCACACUGAGGACAAGGUUCCUCACUCUGAGGACAAGGUUGCUCACACAGAGGACAGGUUUCCUCACUCUGAGGACAAGGUUCCUCACUCUGAGAAAAAUGUUUCUCAUCCGGAGGACAAGGUUCCUCACUCUGAGGACACGGUUCCUCACUCUGAGGACAAGGAUCCUCACUCUGAGGACAAGGUUCAUCACUCUGAGGACAAGGUUCGUCACACUGAGGACAAGGUUCCUCACUCUGAGGAAAAGGUUCCUCACUCUGUGGGCAAGGUUCCUCACUCUGAGGACAAGGUUAUUCACACUGAGGACAAGGUUCCUCACCCUGAAAACAAGGUUCCACACUUUGAGGACAAGGUUCCUCAUUCUGAGAACAAGAUUCCUUACCCUGAGGACAACGUUCCUCACUCUGAGCACAAGGUUCUUCACACAGAGGAUAAGGUUCCUCAUUCUUAG